AAAGCUUCCCUUCCUCCAUUAACAAGACAAGGCGAGAAAGUAUCUGCAGAAGAAAUCAAUCAUGGAAGCCGCUAGAAUUGAGAAAAUCGAUCACCAGGUUGGAGGUUUCCAAAAUGACAUACUUCGUUUUGGACUUCAAAGCGUUCGAAGCGAUAUCAUUGGAUCUCAUCCUGUUCAAUCUGCACAUCAAUCGGUUAAUAAGGUGCAGGAGGAAAUGAAGAGGAAAGUGCUCGUAAACACUUAUGGCUCAGCUUUUCCCAUGAGAAUGGAACUUGAUACUCAGAUUUUGUCCAAAUUUCAGAGACCUCCUGGACCUAUUCCCUCAUCUAUGCUAGGAUUGGAGUCUCUGAAAGGAAGUUUGGAUGAUUUUGGUAUCGAGGAUUACCUUAAUGAUCCACGCGAAACCGAAACAUUCAGGCCUGUGGAUAUGCAUCAUGGAAUGGAAGUUUCUUUAGGACUAUCCAAAGGGCCAGUCUGCCCCUCGUUCUUCUGAGGUUUUUCAUUUGUUGUGUUGCUCAAAUCAAACUUAUUCCCGCUCGCCAUAAUAUUGUGUUGAUUUUCAAAUAUUAUUGUAAUGGAUGGUUGAUUUUCUUUGAAAUUUGAACAGUCAGUGCUCAAGUUUAACUUGUAUUGGACCAGUAAUAUGAACUCCAGUUUAAUUAAAUGAAUAUUUCAA